CUGGUCCCUCGUUCCCCUCCCCUGGUACCCGCCAGGAGGAGGAGGAGGAGGAGGAUGACGAAGGAAAUGCAUCGCCAGCGCUCGCUGUUCAUGUGAGCCCGGUCUGAUUCGGGCCAGCAUCGAGACGAUAGAGCAUAGAUAGAUAGACAGACAGACGGCAGGCUUGAUUUCUGACUACGGAUUGCAGAGUGUACAAGUAUGGCUGCUACUGCCACUGCUGCUGCUGCGGUGGUUUCCACGACGGCUCGUUGUUGGGCUGGCACUAGCAGGGACACGGACUGUGGCAGCAGAAGCGUCGCUUUCAGAUCCACCUUCAGGACCCCAUCGCAGCUGACGUUGCGUGGGAAGAGGUGCGGGUAUAGAAGGGUUGCCUGUCAGGUAGCUGCCGAUGGAGCUCCCGUUGAAUCUGCUUCCUUGCAGGAUGUCAAAUUGGCCCUUCUGCAAGCUCUGCAAGGGAUGAAUAGAGGAAUAUUCGGGGUUCCUGCUCCGAGAAAAGCCGAGAUUGAAGACCUUUUGUUAACACUGGAGGGCAUGAAUCCCUCUCCAAGACCCACAGAAAACCUUGAUGUGGUCAAAGGUGAAUGGAGGCUCCUUUACAGCACCAUCUCCAUUCUAGGUGUGAAACGAACAAAGCUAGGACUCAGAGACUUCAUCGCAUUGGGCGACUUUCUCCAGAUUAUUGAUGUGGACCAGAGGAGAGCAAUCAACAAGAUAGGAUUUAAUGUGGCAGGGCUUGGCAUGUUGAGUGGUGCACUCACCGUUGAAGCUUCUUACACCAUCGAUUCCCCAACGCGGGUAAACAUUCAGUAUGAAAAUUCCGCUAUUGCCCCGAAGCAGCUUUUUUCUCUUUUUCAGAAAAAUUAUGAUUUGCUUCUAAGUAUUUUCAACCCAGAUGGUUGGCUCGAAAUCACAUACGUUGAUGACACUAUGCGGGUGGGUCGAGAUGACAAAGGAAACAUUUUUCUCGUGGAAAGGAUAAGACCAGUGUCAUCAUAGAGUCGUCAAGACUACUCAAAACUAAUCUGUACACUUCAUAGGAUGACAUUGAUGAUAAGCACCAUUGAGAGUCUAUUAGUCCGGCAGGCAUUGCCGAAUCAGCUUUACGCCCAGGGAUGUCAAAUGACAUACCUGCUUAAUUGUAUCCGGAUGAUCUGUGAAGUUCCCCUCUUCCAUGUAACAUUAAUAUCAAAUCUGAUUUGCCGACCCUAUAAGUACGACAUUUGACCACCAAACAGUUCCAGUUAUGGCCAUGGAAACACUCAUGGCUAUGUGACUUGGAGGUUGUAAUAUUCUGAUGUCAUUUUACUGGUGUUUCAUUAAAAUCAAAAUCUGCGAGAGAAUACGAGUCUGAGACGAAGAGGAUGGAAGUAGAAGUUUGGUAUUGAAAG